CCAUUUACCGAGAGAGUUAUUCCAAAAAAUGGUGCAACUAAAAACCCUGUUCAUUGUCCUCGCUGUGAUGACCAUCGUCCUAAUGGUGGUCAACACGGCUUCGGCCAUCGAUUGUCAGUCUGGAAGAUUCAGUGGUCCUUGCUGGGCCUGGGAUGGAGAGCAGUGCCGACGCCUGUGCAAGGAGGAAGGACAUGUCAGUGGACAUUGCAGUGCCAGCCUCAAGUGUUGGUGCGAAGAAUGUUAAAGCCUCUUCUCUUUGAGCGUGAUUAUAUUCGUUAAUACUACUCAAGAAAUAUGUAUUUUUUAUUGUCCUUAUAAAUAAAUACAAAAUAUAUCACGGCAAAAA